AUGAGCCGCACUCUUAACCAGGUCUUUGAGGAGUUCCAGAGGGCGAGGUCCCACUUCGUGCAGACGUUAGCUGACCUAACUCAAAGGCCACAGAACAUUGAUGGCUUGCGCGCCGCUGGUGCAUUGAGGCUUCUACGACCACUGUUGCUAGACUCUGUCCCAGGAAUUCAGCAGACAGCAGCGGUUGCAGUUGGACGGCUGGCCGGACAUAGCGAAGAGGCAGCGAGGGAAUGCGUGAAUGAGGAAAUACUACCGCAUCUUGUUGCCUCGGUCGCGGAGCAGAACGCUGUUGUCGAAGCGGAGGCGAUGCCAAAGACACUUCAUUGCUUGAAGGAUCCCGAUGACCUUGUCCGGAAUCUCCUGUGUAUGCUCAUUUUAGGGGCUAUUGCAGCAUUGGUGGAUUUGAUUCAGGAAACAACGGGGCCGACUCGAUUGAUGUCAGACUUUCUUUCUCCAGAAUCUUCGGACGAGUUGAAAGCAAAGGCAAAGAGAGCUCUUAAAAAAAUCCGCGAGAGUGAAGCUGCUUCUGAAGUGCUGGAUUCUAUUCAAAGUGUCUGCAACCUAUACCCACCUGAAGUCGUCAAUUACUACUCACCAGGCUAUUCAGCAAUUUUGAUUGAGAAGAUAGAUGCCCAAGCAUGA